AUGGCAAAAAAAUAUGAGGGAGCUGCUAUCGGAAUUGACCUUGGCACAACGUACUCAUGUGUUGGAGUGUGGCAGGAACAAAAUAAUCGAGUUGAGAUCAUCCACAAUGACCAAGGAAACAAAACAACUCCUUCUUGUGUUGCUUUCACUAACACUCAAAGAUUGAUUGGUGAUGCUGCCAAAAAUCAAGCUUCCUCUAACCCAACCAACACUGUCUUUGAUGCAAAGAGGUUAAUUGGCAGGAGAUAUAGUGACUCCAUUGUUCAGAAUGAUCUAUUGUUGUGGCCAUUUAAGGUUAUUCAAGGUGCUAAUGAUAAACCAAUGAUCCUUGUGAACUACAAGGGGGAGGAGAAACAAUUUGUUGCUGAAGAAAUAUCAGCUGUGAUUCUCAUGCAGAUGCGAGAGAUUGCAGAGGCAUUUUUAGAGUCACCUGUUAAGAAUGCAGUGAUUACUGUACCUGCUUAUUUUAAUGAUUCACAACGUAGAGCCACUAAAGACGCAGGUGAUAUUGCUGGUCUCAAUGUAAUCAGGAUAAUCAAUGAACCAACUGCGGCAGCUCUUGCAUAUGGCCUUCAAAAGAGAGCUAACUGUGUUGAUCAGAGAAAUGUUCUUAUCUUUGACCUUGGCGGUGGAACUUUUGAUGUGUCGAUUCUCACAAUUAAGAAUAAGGACUUUGAAGUCAAGGCCACUGCUGGGGACACUCACUUAGGAGGUGAAGACUUUGAUAACAGAAUGGUGAAUCACUUUGUGAAGGAGUUCAAGAGGAAGAACAAAGAGGAUAUUAGAGGAAACCCAAAAGCUUUGAGGAGGUUGAGAACUGCAUGUGAGAGGGCGAAAAGGACACUUUCUUACGACAUUGAGACGUCAAUCGACCUAGAUGUUAUACAUCAAGGUAUUGACUUCACUUCGUCAAUCACUAGGGCCAAGUUUGAGCAAUUGAAUAUGGACCUUUUUGAAAAGUGUAUAGACACUGUUAAUAGUUGUCUUGCUGAUGCUAAGAUGGAGAAGAGGAGUAUAGAUGAUGUUGUCCUUGUUGGCGGGUCUUCUAGGAUUCCAAAAAUGAAACAGUUGUUGCAGGACUUUUUCAAGGGAAAGGAAUUAUGCAAGAGCAUUAAUCCUGACGAGGCUGUUGCUUAUGGUGCAGCUGUCCAGGCUGCUUUGUUGAGUGAAGGUGUUAAUAGUGUUCCAGGCAUAGUACUGCAAGAUGUUACCCCGCUGUCGCUUGGUGUAGCAGUAGAAGGAGAUCUCAUGAGUGUUGUUAUUCCUAGGAAUACUUCCAUUCCUGUCAGGAAGACAAACACAUACUAUACAGCGAAAGAUAACCAAUCCAGUGUCACGGUUAUGGUUUACGAGGGUGAGAGGAAAAAAGCCAGUGAUAACAACUUGCUGGGUUUGUUUGAUUUCUUUGUUCCUCCUGCUCCUCGAAGAAGCCUUCCUAUCAAAGAAUGCUUUUCUAUAGACGAAAAUGGUAUAUUAAAUGUGUCGGCAGAGGAAGAAACAAGUGGUAACAAGAAAGAUAUUACAAUAACCAAUGUAAAUGGAAGACUGUCAAGAGAAGAAAUUGAGAGAAUGAUUCAAGAGGCUGAAUUUUUCAAGUCUCAAGACAUGAAGUUCAAAAAGAAAGCUAAAGCAAUAAAUGCUUUGGACGAUUAUCUCUACACCGUGAGGAAAGUAAUGAAGGAUGAUUGUGUAAGUUCCAAGCUCAACCCUAUAGACAAAGUGAAGAUCAUUUCUGCAAUGAUUAAGGGAAAGAGCUUGAUUGAUGACAACCAGCAGGAAGAUACGUCUGUGUUUGUAGACCUUCUGAAGGAGCUUGAGAGCAUCUUUGAAUCUGCUAUGAACAAGAUCAUCAAAAGUUAG